AAGGGAUCAAUCAAUACCAAUUUCACCAGAAACAUGCUCUUAUCUUACUCACAACCCCAUCAUAUAAGUGUCAAGGUUGUGACAGACACUGCUCAGGCUUGGCUUACAGGUGCCAAACGGAUUCAACAUGUCUACCAUCCCCAUCCAUUGGAGCUUUGUGAGAUUGAGGAUGGCUGUGAAGCUCGCUGCUGGGCAUGUCUAGAGAACUCCCCAGGCCCUCAUUUUGUGUGGCACAGAUGCAAACUUUUCCUACAUAAAUCAUGUACCAUUGAUUUAUUGCAACAAACAAUCCAAGGUCAUCCAUUCCACCCCAGUCAUUGUCUCAAGAUCAAAUCCUACGCUAAAGAAGGAUUUAGAUGCAGAGCAUGUGGGCUGAAUGACUCUAAUGUCUUAGCUUAUUGCUGCAAGGAUUGUUCUGACUUUGAAUUUCACUUGGAUUGUUCUAAUUUGACACCCUCUAUUAACUAUGGCAGCCACCGACACCCGUUUACUCUCUUUCAGAAAAGAGGUAACCCUGGUUCCUGUUUGAUUUGUAAAGAUGAUUGUGAAUCCUUCUUCCUUCGGUGUGUUCGUUGUGACAUAACUCUCCAUCUUCAGUGCCAUCCGUUGGCACCAAAAACACCCAAACAUGAAGACCAUGGACAUCCUUUAACUCUGACUAAAUCUGCCCUUGAUUCCGAUUUAGAAUAUUAUGGGUCUCGAGAUGAAUAUUACUGUGACUUCUGCGAGCCACCAAGGCCACCCAAGGAUCCAGUUUACCAUUGCAAGGAAUGCGACACAUCUGCUGACAUGCCGUGCUUCAUCUCGCAGGUAUUGCCUUCACUACCUAUAGAGGACCAAACCAGUAUGACUAGUGGAGUCGGUGAAGAAGAUGACAACUUCGAAGAGGACAAAAGUUGUACAACUGACCCCAAGAUAGUGAAGUUUGAAACACAGAUUGCAAAGGUUAAAGCAGAGUUGGAACAAAAAGAGUCUAAGAGAAAGGAACUGAAAGCACAAGUGAAGGCCCUUCAAAGGGAAAUAAAGGAAUUAAGUAAUGAAAGCAGCGAACUGGAACGGUGGAUGCAAAAACUUGAGCUUGCGUAUCUAUCUUAUAUUGCACCAAAACUAGCAAAAUCCAAAUUUAAAGCCUUAUAGCAGACUAUAUCAGUAUUGUUUAGUUACUAGAAAAUGCAUUUGGAAACAAGCAAAUUCAAAGCUCAACUUUUCAUUUAAUUGUUCACAUACUGGCUUUAGUUUUAUUUUAUUUAAGAGGGUUAAUUCAUUUAAUUGAAAGUGGAUAUCAUUCCAAUUAAUGCUUGUCUAACUU